AUGUUUGGGAUGAUCAAGAACACGCUCUUUGGAGUCACCGAAGAGACGGAAUAUAAACUGUUGAGUAGCGAGACCAAGGAUGGUGUAAGCUUUGAGACGAGACGAUACGAUGCCUCCAAAUAUGCAGUUGUGUCUUCUGAGGGUCGAACCUUUGACCAAGUUAGCGGCGAGUUGAUGAGAAAGCUUCUCAUGUACAUCGGAGGAAGCAACGAGCCAGGUGAGGCCAUGGGCACAGCCACUCCCAUCAUCAUCACUGUUUACCCGCGGAACGAUGGAGUUUUAUCCCGGCGUUUGGUGGCAGGGAUUCGCAUCCCCACGAUGUACCAGCAGGCCCCACCUCCUCCCACAGACACCUCCAUUCGUAUCGAGGAGCGACCAGGAAUGACCGUCUAUGCUCUACAGUUCGGGGGCUUUGCUGGAGAGAUUGAGUACCGGGCAGAGGCCUUACGUUUGACACGUACUUUGGGAGAGACAGCACCCUUCCAACGUAAACAGUACUUCUGCUGCAGCUUCGACCCACCACUAAAGCCUUAUGGGCGUCGAAAUGAAGUCUGGUUUCUACAAGAAGAGCCGUAG